AUGGUUGUGCUCAGGCAGUUUAGGCUGCUGCUCUGGAAGAACUACAUCCUGCAGAAGCGGCAGAUCCUGGUGACGCUGAUCGAGGUUUGCCUGCCGCUGCUGUUUGCCGCCAUCCUGAUCGCGCUGCGGCACCGCGUGCACUCCGUCAGCCACCCCAACGCCACCCUCUACCCCCCUGAGUCUGUGGAUGACCUGCCCAGCUUCUUCUCCUCCCAGCAUGCCAGCAACCCCUGGGAGCUGGCCUAUGUCCCCUCCAACAGCAGCGCUGUCCGGAGCAUCGCUGAGGCGGUGGAGAAAGCUCUGCCCAUCAACAUCAGAGCUCAGGGCUUCCCCUCGGAGCGGGACUUCGAGGAGUACGUCAGGCUGGACAACCGCUCGGGCAGCGUGCUGGCCGCCGUCGUGUUCCGGCACCGCUUCCCGCACAGCUCGGCCCCGCUGCCCCUCCAGGUGGAGUAUGAGCUGCGCUUCAAGUACAGCCCGAGGAACGCCCCGCGGAGCGAGCAGACGGGGCUGAACCCCAACCUGGACCGGGACUGGCACACCAGUUACCUCUUCCCGCUCUUCCAGCUGCCCGGGCCCCGCGAGGCCAAGUUUGCUGAUGGGGGGACACCAGGUUAUCUCCGGGAGGGGUUCCUGGCGGUGCAGCACGCGGUGGACAGGGCCAUCAUGCAGUACCACACCAGUGCCAGCUCUGCCAGCCUGCUGGAGAACAUCACUGUGGUGGUGCAGCGCUUCCCCUUCCCGGCCUACGUCAAUGAUCUCUUCCUGCUGGCCAUCCAGAACCAGCUGCCACUGCUGCUCAUGCUCAGCUUCACCUACACCUCGCUCAACAUCGUCCGCGCCGUCGUCCACGAGAAGGAGAAGAAGCUGAAGGAGUACAUGCACAUGAUGGGCCUCAGCAACUGGUUGCACUGGAGCGCCUGGUUCCUCAUGUUCUUCCUCUUCCUCCUGGUGUCCGUGUUCUUCGUCACCGUGCUUUUCUGUGUCAAGGUGAGCGAACAGGGAGCAGUGCUCACCAACAGUGACCCCACCCUAGUGUUCACCUUCCUUGCCAUCUUCUCCAUCUCCUCCAUCUCCUUCAACUUCAUGGUGAGCACCUUCUUCUCACGAGCAAACGUCGCCGCUGCCGCUGGUGGCUUCCUCUACUUCUUCUCCUACAUCCCCUACUUCUUCAUCUCGCCCCGCUAUGACCUGAUGUCACACAGCCAGAAGCUGGCAUCCUGCCUCAUCUCCAACGUGGCCAUGGCCAUGGGGGCACAGCUCAUCGGCAUGUUUGAAGGGAAAGGGACUGGCAUCCAGUGGAGGGACCUCAUGAAGCCCAUCAGUGUGGAUGACAACUUCACCUUGGCCCAGGUGCUGGGGAUGCUGCUCCUGGACUCGGUGCUCUAUGGUGUGGUGGCCUGGUACGUGGAGGCCGUGUUCCCUGGGGAGUACGGUGUGCCACAGCCCUGGUACUUCUUCCUCACGCCCUCGUACUGGUGUGGGCGGCCCAGGACUGUUGUGGGGAAAGAGAAAGAGGAGGAGGAGGACCCUGAGAAAGCCUUGAAGAGUCAGUACAUUGAGGAGGAACCAGCUGACCUUGUGUCAGGCAUCAAAAUAAAGCACCUAUCCAAGGUCUUCAAAGUGGGAAACAAGACAAAAGAGGCAGUGAAGGACCUGACAGUGAACAUGUACGAAGGGCAGAUCACUGUCCUCUUGGGACACAACGGUGCUGGGAAGACCACCACUCUGUCCAUGCUCACAGGUCUGCACUCCCCGACGGGCGGGCAGGCCUACAUCAACGGCUACGAGAUCUCCCAGGACAUGGUCCUGAUCCGCCGCAGCCUGGGGCUGUGUCCCCAGCACGACGUCCUCUUCGACAACAUGACAGUGGAAGAGCACCUCCACUUCUAUGCAGGGCUGAAAGGAUACCCACCCUCCAAGUGUCCUGAGGAGAUCAACCACAUCCUGAGGAUCCUCAACCUGGAGGACAAGCGCCGCUCCCUGACCAAGGCUCUCUCCGGGGGCAUGAAGCGCAAGCUGUCCAUCGGCAUCGCCCUCAUCGGGGACUCCAAGGUGGUGAUGCUGGAUGAGCCAACGUCAGGGAUGGACCCAGCCUCUCGCAGAGCCACGUGGGACCUCCUGCAGCAGCAGAGGAGCAACAGAACCAUCCUGCUGACCACUCACUUCAUGGAUGAGGCAGACCUGCUGGGGGACCGCAUCGCCAUCAUGGCCAAGGGCGAGCUGCAGUGCUGCGGCUCCUCGCUCUUCCUCAAGCGCAAAUACGGGGCAGGAUAUCACAUGGUGAUGGUGAAGGAGCCCUACUGCAGCCUGGGGGAGAUCUCCCGCCUCAUCUGCCAGUACGUGCCCAACGCCACCAUGGAGAGCAAUGCUGGGGCAGAGCUGUCCUUCAUCCUGCCCAAGGAGAGCACACACAGGUUUGAGGCUCUGUUCACAGAGCUGGAGCAGCGGCGGGAGGAGCUGGGCAUCGCCAGCUAUGGUGCCUCAGUCACCACCAUGGAGGAGGUGUUCCUCAGGGUUGGGAAGCUCGUGGACUCCAGCAUGGAUAUCCAGGCCAUCCAGCUGCCUGCUCUGCAGUACCAGCAUGAGAGACGCUCCAACGACUGGGCCAUGGAUGACUCCAGCAGCCUGAGUGGCAUGACGGACAUGACGGAUGACAGCGGGGCGCUCAUCACCGAGGACUGCUCCAGCAUCAAGCUCAACACUGGGUUCUACCUGUGCUGCCAGCAGUUCUACGCCAUGUUCAUGAAGCGCGCCAUGUACAGCUGGCGCAACUGGAAGAUGGUGGCAGCACAGUUCCUUGUGCCGCUGAUCUUCACUGCCUUUGCCCUCGUGGUGGCCAAGACCUUCCCGGGCCCACGGGACUCGUCCUCGCUGCGGCUGACGCUGGAGCCCUACGGCCAGACCAUCGUGCCUUUCUCGGUGUCGGGCACCGCGGGGCUGCCGCAGAGGCUGGCGGAGGAGUACACGGAGCUGCUGGAUGCCCAGCGUCAGUCGCCACUGGAGGUGCUGGGUGGGCUGGAGGAGUACCUCAUCUCCCGGGCCUCCGAGGAAGGAGGAGCCUUCAACGAGCACUACAUUGCAGCCGCCUCCUUCGAGGGCGUGGGGAACCACACGCUGGUCACGGCGCUCUUCAACAACCAGGCCUACCACUCCCCAGCCACCGCCCUCAUGCUGGCUGACAGCGCCAUCCUCAGGGUGCUGGCAGGCCCCAACGCCUCCAUCACCGUCACCAACUACCCCCAGCCCCGCAACAUCACCGAGAAGGCCAAGGACCAGCUCAUGGAAGGCCAGACUGGCUUUGCAAUUGCCAUCAACCUGCUGUAUGGGAUGGCCUCACUCGCCAGCACCUUUGCGCUGCUCCUGGUCAGCGAGCGCGCCAUCAAGGCCAAGCACGUCCAGUUCGUCAGUGGCGUUUAUGUGGUCAACUUCUGGCUUUCUGCCCUGCUCUGGGACAUCAUCAACUUCCUCAUCCCUUGUGCUCUGAUGUUGGUGAUAUUCCAAGCCUUCAAUGUGCAAGCCUUCACCCAAGACAGUCACCUCGUUGAUGUGAUGCUGAUCUUCCUCCUUUAUGGCUGGGCCAUCAUCCCCCUCAUGUACCUCCUCAGCUUCUUCUUCUCAGUGGCAGCCACAGCCUACACCCGUCUCACCAUCUUCAACAUCCUCUCCGGCACCGCCACCUUCCUCGCCGUCACCAUCAUGAGCAUCCCAGAGCUGGGCUUGGUGGACCUCUCCAAAACCUUGGAUAAAGUUUUUCUUGUCUUACCCAAUUACUGCUUGGGUCAGUGCAUCAGUGACUUCUACCAGAACUACGAGUUCAUUCAGUUCUGCACCUCCUCUGUUGAAGCCAUCUUCAUCUGCAAGGCCUUCAAUAUCAGUUACCAAAUGAAUUACUUUUCCUGGGAGACCCCUGGGAUCGGGCGGUACCUGACCUCCUUGGCUGUCCAGGGUUUCUCCUUCCUCUUCCUCCUCUUCCUCAUUGAGACAAACCUCCUCUGGAGACUGAAAACUCUGGCCUGUGGCAUCUGCAGGCGGCGGAAAUGGGUGGCCCUGCUGAACAGGGUGUCUGUGCUGCCAGAGGACAGGGACGUGGCAGAUGAGAGGAAGAAGGUUUUGGAGUCACCACCAGAACUGCUGUCAUCUCUCAGCAGUCCUCUGGUCAUCAAGGAGCUCACCAAGGUCUAUGACAGCCGGGAGUCCCUGCUGGCAGUGGACAGGAUCUCCUUGGCAGUCAGCAAAGGGGAAUGCUUUGGUCUCCUUGGCUUCAACGGAGCGGGCAAAACCACCACCUUCAAGAUGCUGACGGGUGACGAGAGCAUCACAUCGGGGGAUGCCUUUGUGGAUGGCCACAGCAUUCUGGCCAACAUCAAGAAGGUGCAGCAGCGGAUCGGGUACUGCCCGCAGUUUGACGCCCUGCUGGAGCACAUGACGGGGCGCGAGACGCUGAGCAUGUACGCGCGGCUGCGCGGCAUCCCCGAGCGCUACAUCGGCAGCUGCGUGGAGAACAUGCUGCGGGGGCUGCUCCUGGAGCCACACGCCGACAAGCUCGUCAGGACCUACAGCGGUGGGAACAAGCGGAAGCUGAGUGCUGGCAUUGCCCUCAUUGGUGGCCCCCCCGUGAUCUUUCUGGAUGAGCCCUCCACUGGCAUGGACCCCGUGGCCCGGCGCUUGCUCUGGGACGCGGUGACACGGACACGGGAGUGUGGCAAAUCCAUCAUCUUCACCUCCCACAGCAUGGAGGAGUGUGAGGCGCUGUGCACACGAUUGGCCAUCAUGGUGAACGGGCAGUUCAAGUGCCUGGGCAGCCCCCAGCAUCUCAAAAGCAAGUUUGGUAGUGGAUACACCUUGCUGGCCAAAACCCGGAGUGAGGAGGAGGGUGAGCUGCAGGCCUUCAAGGCCUUCGUGGAGAAGACUUUCCCAGGCAGUGUCCUGAAGCAUGAGCACCAGGGAAUGGUGCAUUACCACUUGACCAACAAGAACCUCAGCUGGGCACAGGUCUUUGGGGCCCUGGAGAAAGCCAAAGAGAAGUAUCGCUUGGAAGACUACUCGGUGAGCCAGAUCUCCCUGGAGCAGGUCUUCAUGAGCUUCACUCGCUUCCAGCACUACACAGAGGACAGAGGGAAAUGAGCCCUUCUGGUGCCCUUCAUCAUGGACUGGCCCUCAGCCUAUACAUAGUAUAUAUAGAGACAGUAAUUUAUAUAUCAGCGUGUCUUAAAUACUGUAUAAAUGUAAAACUUUUCACCGGGGAGGGGUGAGAGGAUGGCAGCUCCUGCUGCUGUCCCCGGCUCUGGGCGUGCGUGGGUGGCACUGCCACUCUCCAGCCUUCAUCCAUCCAUCCAUCCAGCAAAAAAAUCUGCCCAAAAGGCCGGGAGGAGCCUGGAUGGGUGGGGAGGGGUGUUGGACUUGGGCUGGCAGAGGAGGAGAGGGAUGCCCUGUGCUCCCCCCUUCUCUGCCUGUCGCUCUCACCCAGCGGGAGGCUGCCUGUGGUCCUCACCCGCAUGUCCGUGUGUUAUUUGGUGAUUGCUCGUGGUUUAGCCAGAGGCUGUCACAAGAUCCAAACCGUCCCUGGGGUCAGCAGGAAGAGCUGGGGUCAGCAGGAAGAGCUGGGAUUGCUCAUGGAAGCAAUAGGAAAGAGGAGGCUCUGUCUCCUUUAAGUGCUUGGGAAAACUUCUGCCUGCUUGCCAAGCCUGGCCCGAGGAGCUGGCACUGGCCCCAGCUGUGCAAGGGGAGCUCUGUGGUGCCAGAAACUGGCACUGGGUGAGAGGUAGGACAUGGUGCUGGAGCAAUGCCCAGAGCUCAGCCCCAGGAACAGCACAUGAUGGGCACGGCUGGGGAGCCAGAGCUGGAGGCAGCGAGAGGUGCCCAGGGACACUGCUGGGACAGGUGAGAGGUGCUGCAGGGUCUUGGCUGUGCUCUGUGGGAUGGGUGUGAAGUGUCGUGGGGUGCCCAGGGACGCUGCUGGCCUCAGUGUUGUGCCCAUGCAGGGGUUCUGCCAGCAGCACCACCCCACACUGUGCAGUGCAGCCACGGGACCAGUUUAAAGCCAGCGAUGCACUCACUGUGCCCAUGCUGAGCUCACCCCUUACACCCCACACAGCUCCAGCCAGACCAUAUCUGUCCUGCAUCCUCAUGCCCAUCCCCUCUGCCCCUCACCAGGCUGUGCCAGCAGCAGGCAGGGAGCAAAGGCCCUGUCCUGCCCCUGUCUGGGUCCAGUUGGAGGAAGCAACUUCUUUUAGGAGUUUCCCAGUGGCUGGGUUGGGGUUUUUUGUUUGUUUGUUGGAAAUCUGUGUUGAUUCUUGUCUGUCCUUAAUUAGUCCCUGUGUCACCUGGGGCAGCCCCUUGGGUGCUGCCCCAUGAUCAAUGCAGAGCUAUUUGCACUAUAGUACUACACACAAUUGCACAUAACUAAUUAAUAUUUAUGGCAAGGAGGGUCGAUUCCCUCCCAGUGAUUGCAUUGUCAGGGGUUGGGUUAUAUUUUUGGGUUGGGUUUUCAUUUUUUCCCUUGUGACUAAUUCUUUCCUGUUCCAUUUCUUCCCUUUGCCUAAUGUUGUUGUUCAGAACGAUGGUGCAUCAUGUUACUAAGAAUUUCCCCAGAGCUUGAAGAUGUGUGUUUUUAUUAGUUAGCAGCCAGCAGGUGAAUGGCCUCCCUCAGAGCCCUUUGGAGCUGCUGGCAGGGAGGGAUUGCACCCUGGGAACAUCCUGGUGGGCAGCAGAGCCAGCCACUGCCAGGGCACCAUGCAGGGGGGAGUCCCAACACCAGGAACUUUCACAGCUAAGGAAGAAAGAGGGGGGAUGCUUUUUUCUGGGAGGGUGGCUGAAGUGCUGAAACUCCCGGUAACUGUUUUCUGGAAAGGGAAGUACAGCAGGAUGUAGGAGAACCCCUCAGGCUUUGCCUGGGAUAGGGAAAAGGGGGAAUGUGGAGGUUUCAAGGGCUGAGAUGCAAAAUUGCCACAGGCUGGCAGUGCCCUGAACACAGCAGGAAGAGGCCAUGUCCUGUUGGCUCAGAUGCCCCCUGCAAGGCCUGGUGCUGGGGUGGGGACAUGGAGCCCCCACACUGCCCCUGAUGCCAUGGUAGAGCUGCUGGGAGAUGGCAAGGAUGACAUCCCUUGGCCCAGCCCUCCAUCACUCUGGGGCACCCUCACCUAAAUGAAGGAAGUGUUAUGGAAGCAGCAUUUCCCUGUCCUAGGGGCUGUAACACCCUGUCUGUCAGUGAGGCAGGCACUGCAGGCUGUGCAUGGUGCUGCUCCUGAUUUCAGUCACAGCCACAGUGCAAGGUGUGGCAGCCUGGGGCAGGGAGCAGGACCAGGAGUGCUCCGUGGGCAGGUGCUGCUGGGGGCAGCUGUUGCUGGCACUGCUCUGGCCUCCCAGGUGGGAGAAACAACACAGCUCCUGGGCAGCUCCUACUCCCCCCUGGCUGCUGUGUGGUUGUUAUCCCCAUCAUAGGAAUAAUAAAAUGAUUUUUUUUCCA